AAUUAUAAACAACAAAAAUAUUAGUCCAGAUUUAAAGUUUGUAUUUGAAUCCUUAUUGGACAUUGGAUUCUACAGGUUAAAUCAAAGCAGUGGAUAUUCAGAGUUCGAUUUUAUGCUACGUGAAGCUAUAGCUAAUUUCAGCCCAGGUGAUUUGAAUGUUUUGACUAAACAUCUGCAAAUGUUAAUUAACAAAUUUAAACCUAUUUACAUCGUUGAAAGAUUGUUGCCUUAUGUUAAAAAGGUAAAAGAGAAUUAUAAAUACGAUCAUACAAUUAAACAGAUUAAUGAAACACAUCUCAAUGAGACUGUUAUUGUAAACAUAACAAGACACGAUUUAGAUGUAUUUAACAAAUAUUUAUUGGAAUUGAUAAAUAUUUACGGUGAAAAUCCUAAUAUAAUGCAUAUAAUAUUCAAAAUAAACAAUUUAAAAGGUAAGCCCGGAACAGAAAAUGAUACAAACGCGAUACCAACAUUAAAAGUUGACGAUAUAAAUGGAAUUAUAAAAUAUUUACUGGAUAUAAUAAAGAAACAUGGAGCAACGGUACAAUUGAUAAAGAUAUUAAGAGAUUUUAGUGUACCACCAAAAGAAAGAAUAGAUGAUUCAAAUAUAAAGAUAAUUCCUAUAAAUAAUACACAAAUAUUAGUAACUCUUGACGAUAAUGAUUUAGACAAAAUAAAAUCUUAUUUAGUUCAAAUAAUAAACGACUAUGGCUCCAAUCAAUAUUUAGUGAACAUAUUAAGAGUUUUAAGUCCAAAGGGACAAGAUGAUUACAAUGUGCAUGAUAAUCAAGCCAAUAAUUAUACAUUUAUAAAACUAAAUCAGAAGGAUUUAAACAUAUUGACAAAUUACAUUUUGAAUUUGAUAGAACAACAAGGUCCAAAUGCGGAAUUCAUAGAAAUUCUGUAUUUAAUUUAUGAAAUCAAUCAAGAUGUAAACGAUAGUAAUGAUAAUAAAAAUGAACAGUACGUUCUAGAAAUUUCUAAAGAACUUAAAAAGUUACGUGAUAACAAUAUUAUACAGAUACUGAGAAAUAUGGAUAGAAAUACACUAAUUAAAAUAUACAUUGAUAUGUUGGAAAACAUAUUCGAUACACCAAAUAUAAAUAACGAUUUUACAAAUAUUAUGGUUAAACUACUUGAAAUUUACAAGAAAGAAGAUUCACCAAUAAAGAGAUACAUAAUACUUAAAUGGUAUGAAUAUUUAAUUAGAAACAAAGGAGUGUCGUACAAAAUCUUACGAAAUCCUGAUUUUAUAAACAAUUUAUUGGAACUAGAAGACAAUAAUCGAAAAGAUGAAGAUGUUAUUAUAACGACCGAGAAAUACUCAAUCGUAACGCCACAUGACUAUUCAGAUAUUGAUAAAAUAUUAAGCGAACUCAUAAACAAUACUUUAAGAAGCAAACAACCAACAGACGAUAUAUUAGAAGAAGAUACCAGAAAAAAGAGUAAUAGUACAGAUGAGAGCAAACCCAAAUUACACGAUAAAAUACGAGAGAAAGUACAUAAAGCAAAAUCUUGCUUAAGAACACAUAGAAAAUACAAAGAUAUCUCAAAAAUGUUAAACAAAAUAAAGAAAUUACAUCGACAUCAUCUAGAUAUUUCUAAUGAUGAUAUAAAAAGGAUACUUGAUAUUAUUUUAGUUUUUGGGCAACAAUUGAAAUACGAAAACCAUAGAAGUAAAAUACCGGCGAGUUUAGUUAUAGAUGAGCUAGAAAAUAGACUACUAUCAAAAGGUAAAGAAUGUAAACAAUCAGAUACAGUAAAGCAAAUAAUUUCAACAGUUGUUGUACACUUACGAGAUAUCAUUUCUUAUUUAAAAUCUGUUAAUUUUUCAAAAGAUGAAAUAAUGGUUAUUGUUAAAUCAACUCUAGAAGAUGAUAUUAUGCCUGAUAUUAAAGCUAUUAGUGUUCAAGAAUGUACUGCGGCAGCUAAUAAGGAAAUUUUAGAUGCAUUGUUAUAUAAUGUUUUUGCAAAAACAUAUGAACAAGAUGAAAAUAUAGAAUUAAUCAACACAAAUAAUAAUGAAUUAGAAAAACUAUCGAAUCAAAAGCUUUUAAAAGAGAUAUCUAAAGUUAAGAGUAUGUCAACUUCGAAGGGAGAAACGAAGAAAUAAUCACCGAUAUAAAUAGAAUUUAAAUUAAUAUAAUAAU